AUUUUGAACGUCAAAAAAUUGUUGUAGGUUAUGGGCGAAUGUCAAUUUCAUUAAUGCAGAUUUUAGAUAAAAUACCUAUAAUGUUAAUGUUGUAAUGAUGUUUAUAUAGUGCGAAUAUUAUUAUUAUCAUUAAUAAUGGAUAAUAACAUUGAAAACGACAAUGGGGGAGAUAGCAUUGGUAAUCAAUUGGAAUUGGAAAAGAAGAAAAUUCAGUAUGAAUUUAAUAUGCAGAGAGCUAAAAUGAAGGAGUUAUUUUUGCAAAAAGAAGCUGAAUUGCAUAGAAAAACCGAUGAAAAUAUUGAUUUAAAGCAACAGGUGGAUAAGCUUAAAAGGGAAGUGGAUGAUAUAAAGAGUCAACUAACAAUUGAUAGCAUAACAUUGGAAUCAAACUUUGAAGUGGAAAAAAGAAAAGCCAAUGAAGAGAUUGCUUCCCUGCAACGGGUCGUGCAUGAUACUGUCGAAGAGUCUAGUUCGACCAGGAUUUUGUAUGAUAAUGAGUUGCGUAGAUUGGAGUAUUACAUAAAGCAAUUACAGGAUGAAAAUGCUGAUUUGAAGACGCAGAAACAACAAUCGCCGCAUCAUCAACCUCAGGAGCACAGCAGCUUGGCGCCCAGUGUGGUCCUGAAUGCUCUUACAAAAGGGAUUGCGAAAAAAUUGGGGGCCGAAUCCUUUACAUCACAAGACGAAAAUUCACAAAAGCUGCAAGAAGAGUCGGAUGUGUUUAGAACGUUGGUGGAACCAUUAGAAGAUCAAAUAAAAGCUUUAAAAGAAAAACUCCGUUCCACAGACGAGCAGUUGCAAAAAUGCAGGGAGUGCGGACAUCACGACGAUCAAACAGACAGAUCCUCGCCGCACGGGCUGCUCUCCACCGCGGCCACCAACACCUCCUUCGAGGGCACCGGCAAAACGACCGCGCCCCCUUGCGACAUGUGCUCGAACUACGAGGCGCAGCUGGUGCGCGAGCAGCAGCGAGCCGCCGAGCUGGCCGACAAGGCGGCCAGGGCGGAAAAAACCGCCGAGCGGCACAAGGAGGAGCUCUCGAAGGAGAUCGGCUUCCGCAAGGAGAUGGAGGAGAAGUGGAACGAGAAGAAGGAGCAGCACAAGCAACAGGUGGCUGAAUUGACUCGGAGUACAGAGUGCACAGAGCAGGACCUGAAAGAACUGAAGGACUUUUACGAUUUAACCGUGGCCGAUUUAAGGCACAGCAUCGCCCAACUGGGCAAAGAAAGGGAACAAAUUUACGAAGAAAUAACAAAAUUACAGGAAGAUAAUGAUUAUUUUAUCGGUCGAUAUUCGGUACAUUCCGAAAUACUGGAAAGGGAGGCUAUAAACCUUCCAGAUACAGUGGAGGAACUACACGAGUUGAUUCUACGCAAACACCAAGAGUUGAUAACGGAAAAAAUCGGGAAAGAAACCGCGGAAAGUAAACUAAACACGCUGCAAAGUGAGCACGUUUUGCUCCAAUCACAAAUCGAAAGCGAAAGGGGUGUUUGGAAGGGUUUAGAGGGGAAUCUAUUGCAAGAAAAUAGUCAACUGAAAAAACACAGAAAAACUUUGGAUAAAGAACUGGAAAAACUAAGGGAAUCUGAAGUGACUUCUAAAGCUAAAAUCGACGAACUAAACGAACGAAUGGCCGAGUUAAAGGCAACUACGAAAAACAUGGAAAACCAAACAAACGAACUGAAAACGCGUGCGCACUCUUUGCAAAAGGAACUGGACACCACAGAAACGGUCCAAAAGGAUUUCGUCAGAUUAUCACAAAGUUUACAGAUGCAGCUGGAAAAGAUCCGGGAGUCGGACACCGCGGUCCGGUGGCAGCACGAAGAGGACGUGGACGAGUGCCCCACCUGCCGAUCGGGAUUUUCCGGCUCGAAAAGGAAACUGCAUUGCCGGCACUGCGGCCAGAUUUUCUGCGUGCCCUGCCUGUCCAGGGCCGUACCUUCUGGCCCCAGUCAGCGCCCCUCCAAAGUCUGUGAUGUGUGCUACACCCUGCUAGUCAAAAGUUCUGCCCCCUAUUUCAGCGAAGCUCCCCCGCCCAUGACUUAAAUGUUACUGCUAGGGUUGGUUAUUUAAUAAAUUAAAAUUAUAUUAUAUAUAUUCCUUUUAUCGCAUACGCAUAUUUAAG